AUGAAAGACAUGGCGAAUAAAUCUCAAUCAUCAGGCAGCACAGAAGCUGAGAAUUGCUACAAGCUUGUUGUGGCUGUGGACUAUGGUACCACCUUCACAGGGGUUGCCUAUGUUAUCACGAACCGUGCAAGUGGCCAAGAAGACAGCGGAAGUAUCAGUCUCAUGCAGUGUUGGCCUCCAGGUGUUGAUAACCAGACCAGCACGCCGUCCCUAAUUUCAUACACGCAAAAUGAAAGACCACCUCUCUGGGGCUUUGAAUUUAAGCCAGGAAUGCAAUCAUAUGGCUGGACAAAGCUGUUAUUGGAUAGGAAUAUCCAGCAUAGCAAGCUUGACGAUGAACUCCUGGAGAUGGUCACUGGUUCUGAUAUCCUGAAGCUUCCCGACCCAAAGAAAGCGGUAGAUGCAGUAGCAGAUUAUCUUUCUCAGAUCUAUGCACAUAUCACCGACAACGAAUCUGAGGUAACAAAGCUUCUUCGCAGUCACGGAAGGAAUCUAAGCGGAGUGUCGGUUGAUUUCUGGUUCAUGAUCCCAGCUAUAUGGUCUAAAGAGACACAGGUCCUAAUGCGUGAAGCAAUCCACAGAGCAGGCUUCGGAUCAAGCCCUCUACAUCAGAUAUUUACCACAACGGAACCCGAGGCUGCAGCUCUUGCUGUUUUUGAUGACAGAAGUUUCAAUCUUCAGUGUCAUGAUGGAGCUCUAAUUUGUGACUGUGGAGGUGGUACAGUGGAUACUACAACAUACUAUGUCACUGAUGUUUAUCCAAAAACCUCGUUUGAGCCGAUCACCACUGCUAUGGGAGCCAAAUGCGGCGUAAUUGCCAUUGACAGUCGAUUCUAUGAACUACUAUCUCGUCGACUUGAUGGAGCAUUCAAUCAUCUACCCAUGAGCCAGAUCCAACCAGGGAGUCUUGCCAUGAACAAAUUUGAAGAUAUCAAAAGAGCAUCCAAUGGUGAGGUAGCACAAUCCUGGGGCUUUGAUUUGAACCUCGAUUUUCCCGAAACACAUCUCGCAUUUUCCAACGAAAGAACAAGACGUAUUGUUCUUCAAGUUCAAGAUGUCCGAGGCUUAUAUGAGCCUGUUCUCAGCAAGAUCUACGCCCUGAUUUUGUCUCAGAUCAUAGCUGCAAAGGAAGAAUGUGCGCGGGAUGUCAUUAAUGUGAGCCCUGAUUAUUCUUACUUCAAAUUUGUCUUGGUCGGCGGAUUCAGCGCCUCGCCCUAUCUGCAAGGAAGGAUACAGCAUGCACUGAAUCGUAUCGGCAACAUUUCCGUGCUUGUUCCUCAAAACCCGGGACAGGCAAUUGUUCAUGGUGCAGCACUUCAAGUUCUUCGGGGCUACGUGCCCCCAAGCUACAAGUUCUGGCGAAAUUAUGGUUUGGCAUCGCUUCAGCCUUUCCAUUUCUCCGUUCAGAACAAGUGGCAGAGGCUUAUUGCCGAAAAUAGCACACUACCGGUGAAUUUGCUUCCCCAAUGGAUCUUACACAAGGAUCAGAGAUACCCGAAGCAAUUUCAGAAAUCUCAUACAACACAUUUACUUCAUCGGGAGCAGGAUCUCCUCACCAAGGCCGUGGAGAUUUAUGAGUCCAAUCUCGAAGUUGCACCACAACACUUUGAGAACUCCGACGCCCAUUGCAUCGAUUAUAUUACAUGUCACUUUAAUGGCCUUGACCUUACUCGAUUUCCUCACCAAACCAUCACCGGACAGACGGUCUAUUACUUGGAGCUUUCAAUUCGGGUCUCUCUUUCAGCGACCGAUAGGAUGAUGCAUCUCAUCGCAUUUGCCCUGAACAGGGAAAUUGGACGAAAAGACCUGGCUAUGCCUCAUUAUUGA